CUAACGUUUCCUCUUCCUCUUGCUCUCCUGCUUCUGCAACUCACUGCCAAAACCCUAUGUAGCAGGAGAAAUCGCACAACUCUCAACCCUCUUUUCCUCACCUCACAAUCUAUAUACACACACACGAUUAUAUUCUAAGCUCUAUUUGUUUCACUCUAAAAUAUCAUGCCAUCUAUAGCUCUGGCCAAUAAUUCAUCCGAUUCUAAGGACAAGAAAGAGAGGAAGAUGAAGAAGAGAAUAGUUCUGCAAACUUCAUUGCCUGACUCUGAAACUCCAGGCAAGAAGAAGAGUUUGAUGGUCUCUGAUGCUGAAGAGGAAAUAUUUUCGGAGAAGCAGAAGAAGAAAGAGAAGAAGAAGCGAAAAGCUGUAGAUACCGAGCCUGAAGAUGAAGAAAAAAGCGAGACGAGCUCGGAGCUAGUAGAGCCGGUGAGUUUGAAGGCUGAUAAGUCGAAGAAGAAGAAUAAAAAGGCAAAACUUGAUGAAGAUGAGGAGGAAGAGGGAGAGAGAGAAGUAGCUAAGGCUGAGGAUCCCAAUGCGACUUCGAAGUUUCGAAUAUCACUGCCUCUUAGAGAGAAGCUUAAAUCCAGAGGGAUAGAGGCGUUGUUCCCAAUUCAAGCCAUGACCUUCAAUGAUAUUCUUGAUGGGUGUGACUUAGUUGGGCGUGCACGGACUGGUCAGGGUAAAACUCUGGCUUUUGUACUGCCUAUUUUAGAGUCUCUUACAAAUGGGCCUGCAAAAGCAUCGAGAAAGACCGGUUAUGGCAGGCCACCAAGCGUGUUGGUUCUUCUACCCACCAGAGAAUUAGCCUGUCAGGUGUAUGAUGACUUCAAAGUUUAUGGCGAGGCAUUGGGUUUGACAACUUGCUGUUUAUAUGGCGGAGCUUCAUACCAUCCUCAAGAGACGAGCUUAAAGAGAGGGGUGGAUGUAGUUGUUGGAACACCAGGCCGCAUAAAGGAUCACAUAGAGAGGGGCAAUAUUGACUUGAGCUUACUCAAGUUUCGGGUCCUUGAUGAGGCUGAUGAAAUGUUGAGGAUGGGCUUUGUUGAAGACGUUGAACUUAUUCUUGGAAAAGUUGAGGAUGUAAGCAAAGUUCAGACGCUUCUCUUCAGUGCCACUUUACCAGAUUGGGUGAAACAUAUUUCUACUAGAUUUCUUAAACCAUCUAAGAAAACCAUAGAUCUUGUUGGCAAUGAGAAAAUGAAGGCUAGUACCAAUGUGAGGCACAUUGUUCUACCCUGUUCUGCUUCAGCAAUAUCGCAGCUUAUUCCAGAUAUAAUUCGUUGUUAUAGCAGCGGAGGGCGUACAAUUAUUUUCACAGAGAAAAGGGAAUCUGCAAAUGAGCUUGCUGGUUUAUUGCAUGGAGCACGGGCUUUACAUGGGGAGAUACAACAGUCUCAACGCGAGGUCACCCUUUCUGGGUUCAGGUCAGGCAAAUUCAUGACAUUGGUAGCUACAAAUGUGGCUGCUCGGGGACUGGAUAUAAAUGAUGUGCAAUUGAUCAUCCAGUGUGAACCUCCGCGUGAUGUAGAAGCUUAUAUACAUAGAUCUGGACGCACAGGAAGAGCAGGCAAUACUGGAGUUGCUGUAAUGCUCUAUGAUCCAAGAAGGUCUAAUAUAUCAAAAAUUCAAAGAGAAUCUGGUGUAAAAUUUGAGCACAUUACGGCCCCUCAGGCUGCUGAUAUUGCGAAAGCUGUUGGUGUAGAAGCAGCGGAAAAAAUAACUCAAGUUUCUGACAGUGUGGUCCCUGCAUUCAUGUCUGCUGCAGAGGAUCUGUUGAAUAACUCGGGUUUGUCAGCUGUAGAACUACUUGCAAAAGCCCUUGCCAAGACUGCUGGUUACACCGACAUAAAGAGCAGAUCACUUCUAACAUCGAUGGAGAACCAUGUUACAUUACUCCUUGAAGCUGGAAAACCUAUCUACACGCCAUCAUUUGCUUUUGGUAUCUUGAGGAGAUUUUUGCCUGAGGACAAGGUUGAGUCAGUGAAGGGUAUGUCCCUUACUGCUGAUGGCAACGGUGCAGUGUUUGAUGUGGCUGCAUCAGAUGUGGAUGCAUUUCUUGCUGGUCAGGAAAAUGCUGCUAAUGUCAGCUUAGAGGUGUUAAAAGAAUUGCCUUCCUUACAAGAAAAAGACCAAUCAAGGGGAAGGUUUGGUGGUGGAGGCCGAGGACGGGGUGGCUUUAAUGAUAGGAGUGGUGGUAAUAGGUUCUCAGGGGGCAGAGGUGGUAGGGGUGGAGGAUUUUCUGAUAGAAGAAAUAGCUUUGGCGGAAGAGGUCGCAGCAAUGGGAACAGAUGGUGAAGGACCAUAAAUUUAUCUCAGUUCAUGGGUGAUUUUUUUAGCAUUUCUUAACAUAAUGGCUACCGGGUGAAGCAUUUUCUGAUAAUGAAGAAAAUAUGCAAUUAUACGGUCUGGAUUUUGUUAAUAUAGGAUUUGUAUUUUCUUUUUGGGUGCUCCCUUGGCCUUAAGGGUCCUUUUUUUUUGAAAUCUUAUUUGUUCUUUAGUCCUAUUAUUUUAAACUUAUUAGGAUAAGCCAAUAUGUUUAUUUGAUUUUCUGGGGAAUUUUGCUGUCUCCCCAUGUGUUUGAACUAUGCUGGAAAAGACUAAGAUGCUACAAGAUGUAUUUCUAUUAUUAUUAUUUAUUUGAAAUGAAUUUUUAA